AUGGGUUUGGGAAAGCAAAUUGGCAAAAAAACCGCCCGUCAGUUCCGUGUUUUUGGCCGUGAAAGAGAGAAACUUUCUCUCCGGCAUCAACUUCGAAAUGACAACAUCAAGAAAGAGGUAGAGAUUGAAAUCACGUCCCGCCGUCGCCCUCCGCCAACUACGAGGUGUAGUUCACUCCAUGACCGAUGGGGGUAUGAAGCAACGAAAAGAUCAUCUUACGUGAGCUCGCCUUCCUCGAGUUCGUCUUCAAUGAGUUGGAACAAUGCGGGUCCGUCCGCCCUAUCACCCGCUCUCAUGCUACAGCCAAGAAUACCACAGAAAAACUACGAGGCACUUUCUUAUAUUAAUUCCUAUGUCCCCCCAGACGACGACAGUCCUAGUAGCUCCAUUCGACGAAUGAGUCCAGGCCCUGGAUAUUUUCAACAUGAAGUAGAUUCAUCCGACAACAAUGCCUGCUUACUAGAGCCAGUAGAGGUACCAGAACGACCAGGAGCGGUAUUAACACCCGAGCCACCAUCACCAGGUGCGAUAGUAGUACAUGCAUCGCCAUCGCCAUCAUCGACAUCAUCAGAAGUACACGUGAUGAUGGGAUGCUCUCAUCGGAUAGCAUCAUCACAGCCCGUCAGCUACCAAGAAAGCAUCGACUCCGACCCUGAAGAGGACAUUCUCCCGGACCAAAUGGUUGUCGGAACCGGCGGUCUGAUCGAGCAAAUCGUCUUCCCAGACAAACAUCCCGAAUGGAUCGACGACUGCACCGUGACGCUCAAGUUCAAGAUCGUCGACAACCCGCGGCAUUUCCCAAAAAACGUGCAGAGUCUAGUAAAACCAAAACACCAAGCUGUAGGGGAGAGACGUAUUUCUGGACCCGAACCAGGUGGAAACUACCGAGAGGUGCCGAACCCGCCUGCCGGAAUCUUUCAAGGACUUGCACCGGUUGUGACAGACCCGGACAGGUUGAGACAGGAUAUUAGGUCGCCUAUGGAGAUGGAGCCGAGUGUCCAUAGGGAUAGGGAGCCGCCGAAGUUGCCGGUGAAUUCAAAGGCGGGGUCGGGAGGAGAGCGAGAGGAGGGCGCCGAGGACAUGGACGAGCAGGAAGAAGAGGGAACAAAGAGAGACUAUCAGAGACUCCAUGAAGAGGCUAAAGCUCAGCCACGGGGAUUUAAGAAAAGGAAGAGGAAGAGGCGUAAACAAGGUAGUCAAGGGGGGCCAGAGCUCUUUACGGUACCGGAGCGGAGAUCGAGAUGGCGAACGUUUGUUGAUGCUAUGAGGCGGUUCCUGACUUUGGGUCGGUAG